AGUACACCCUGCCCUCGGCCACCAUGGGUCUGCCCGGCCACCUCAUCCAGUGCCACCGCCCACAGCCUGCCUACAUCACUCACACAGCCCCUGUGGUCAAGAUGCUCGUUGAGCAGGAUGAGCGGAGAAAAGCUGCAUCCAACCGCCCAGCAGAGACAGAGCCAAACAGAGAGCCUCAAGAAGCUGGUUUUCAGGAGGAAACCCAAGUGCUCUCAAAGCUGAGCAGAGGCGGCAGCACCCCCACAACUGGGAAGGACUCUGUCUGGAGAAAACCAUAA